AUGAUUCGAUCACGUUGUCUUCGUCCACAACAAUCAUUCAAUUCAAUUGAAUAUUGUAUAGACGAUUCGAAAAUCUCAUUUUUAUUAUCACCAUCAUUAUUAAAUUCAAGAAGAUGCUCUUCAACUGAACAUCCUCGACCUUUAUGUCCAGCUCUAAUUACAUUUCCAUCAAACGUAACAUUAAAUCAAAUUUUAGCGGAAAAAGAAUUCACGGCUUUGAUUUCUGGACAUUCAACAUUACCAGUCGAAAACAAGGAUGACAUUCAACAACAACAAAAUAAAGCUCACUUUGAAUAUCAAGGUAAAACUUUGGAUGGAAAUGUUCAAUUUACAUCCAUUGCUUCGGUGCAAGAUUUAGUAUUAUUUACUGAUAAUAAUAUUGAAUUGAAAUUUCAUGAAAGUAAAGGUGUUCAGUUAAAGCCAACAAUCAUAGAUGCAUAUAGUGAAAGUUUAAUUCAUCGUAUACCAAGUGAAAAUGGUUAUCGGCCUAAAACUAGUCCAUAUCUUGUCUAUCCAAAUGAAAGUUUAGAUUUAUUAUUUGAUACAUUAGACGGUAAAUUGAACUAUUUAACUAAAUAUUUACAAAGUCAUUUUGGUGAGAGACACGAGUUUACAACGUAUGAAAUACAAAAACAACCUCCUAGUGAAGGCAAACAAUGGAAUGAAUGGGAAACAGGAAUCUAUCGAAUGCAUGGCGAUAGUGACGGUACAGUAAAUAUUGCUUUAGCUUCUGAUUGGGGAGCUGGUACACUCGAAGCAGCACUUGUUGCUAGUGCAAUGAUGAAUGGUUUGGAUCUGACUACACAACAACAACAGGCUACACCUGAUUUGCCACAUUAUACUAUCCAUUUAGGUGAUAUCUAUUAUGUUGGCUUACCAGCGGAAGUUGAACAUUGUUGUCUUGGCAUUAAACCUGAUUGGGCCGAACGAGGUGUUCGAUGGCCCAUCGGACAAAAUGGUAGUUUGACAAUACCUGGAAAUCAUGAAUUGUAUAGUCGUGGCUUUGGUUAUUGGGACUAUUUUUUACCAGCAGUUGGUUUAUUCAAUUCAAAUGAUUUAACACAACCUACACAAUCACAGAAAACUUCGUAUUGGGUAUUAGAAAAUGAUCAAUGGAGAAUCAUUGGACUUGAUACUGGCUAUGACUCAUUUUCAUUGUUGACCAUUGACAAUUUUGCAAUUAAAUUACCACAUGAAUUGAUGGAUUGGCUCAAAACAGUGGUUGGUCUUAGUCCACAAAUGACUGAUAAACGUGGAUUAAUCUUUUUCUCACAUCAUCAAAUUAUUAGUGCAUGGAAUGCAAAACCAAAUACAGAUUUUCCGGAGCAAAUAGCAUCUUUAUUACCAGAAGGACGAACAGUUCUGUGGUUAUGGGGUCAUGAACAUCGUUUGAGUUUCUAUGAGAAACAAUCCAUGGCAACAUCGAUUGAGUCAGGUCAAAGUCUAACAUUCUAUGGUCGAUGCGUUGGUAAUUCUGGUUUUCCAACAUUGGCUAAAGAGCUUCCAAUUAAAUCUCGUGAAACAAAAUUAUUAUUUUAUGAUGAUCGAUUAUACAAUUUUCACGACAAUCAAGUUUUGCCUAAUAUACCAUUAGGUUUCAAUGGAUAUGCUACAAUGAAAUUCAUACGUCCGAACAAACCAGACGACACAAGUUUACAUAUAAGUUAUAAAACUUUAAACUUGAAUAGAGAUGGACAACUAACCUAUGAAAAUCCAAAUAUACUUGUUAAUGAAGAAUGGUCAGUUGACUCGAAUGGUAAUGUUAUUCUUAUCAAAUUAGAACCUAUGAAUAAAGAACUUACACAAGUUACACAUACAGACGGUAACCAAGAUGAACUCACUGUAAAUCAAUCAAGUUGCUGUACACUGUUGUAA